AGCGACCACCUGAGACCAGCCUCAGACCGCUAGGGGCGGACCCAGCAGCCCCUCCCCUCUCCUCGGAAUCUCGGAACCUAAGAGGAUGGAGCCAAAUAUCUGUAAGACCAGCGAAUCGGAGGAAGACUACGUUGAGGAAGAGGAAUCCGAGGAGGAGUGUGUUCAAGGGGAAGCUACCAUCCCUUCUGACUCUCCUCAGCAGGAACUCUCAAAGGCUGACUAUAAGGAAUUUGGGGAUGGAGUUCCCUUAUCUAUUGUAGCCAAGAAAAUUCCGAAGAAAAUCAUAGCCCCAGCUGACUCAGAUGACUUAGAAGUUGGCAGGAGAAAGAGAAGGCAGAAACGCAGACCCCUGGCCAUCAACCUGACCAACUGCAAGUAUGAGAGCGUGCGUCGGGCAGCCCAAAUGUGUGGCCUGAAGGAGGUGGGGGAGGACGAAGAAUGGACUGUGUACUGGACAGACUGCUCUGUCUCACUGGAACGAGUCAUGGACAUGAAGAGGUUUCAGAAAAUCAACCACUUCCCUGGAAUGACAGAAAUCUGCCGCAAAGAUCUGCUGGCUCGGAACCUCAACCGCAUGCAGAAACUCUAUCCUACCGAGUACAACAUCUUCCCCCGCACCUGGUGCCUCCCUGCAGACUUUGGGGACUUCCAGUCCUAUGGUCGUCAGCGAAAAAGCCGCACUUACAUCUGCAAGCCAGACAGUGGCUGCCAGGGACGGGGCAUCUUCAUCACCCGAAAUCCCCGGGAGAUCAAGCCAGGAGAGCAUAUGAUCUGCCAGCAAUACAUCUCCAAGCCCUUCCUCAUUGACGGCUUCAAGUUUGAUAUGCGAAUCUAUGUCCUGAUCACGUCCUGUGACCCUCUUCGGAUCUUCAUGUAUGAGGAGGGCCUGGCCCGCUUUGCCACUAUGCCCUACAUGGAGCCCAGCCACGGCAACCUGGAUGACGUCUGCAUGCACCUGACCAACUAUGCUAUCAACAAACACAAUGAGAAUUUUGUCCGAGAUGAUGCUGCGGGCAGUAAGAGGAAGCUGUCAAUGCUCAACGCCUGGCUGCGAGAACACGGCUACGACCCCCGAGAACUGUGGAGGGACAUCGAGGACAUCAUCAUCAAAACCAUCAUCUCAGCCCAUUCUGUUCUUCGCCACAACUACCGAACGUGUUUUCCCCAAUAUCUGACUGGAGGUACAUGUGCCUGUUUUGAGAUCCUUGGUUUUGACAUCUUGCUGGACCACAAGCUGAAGCCCUGGCUGCUGGAGGUAAACCACUCUCCAAGCUUCACCACCGACUCCCGCCUUGAUCGAGAAGUGAAGGAUACCCUUCUCUGUGAUGCCAUGACCCUUGUCAACCUCCGUGGCUGUGACAAAAGGAAGGUGAUGGAGGAGGACAAGCGGCGAGUCAAGGAGCGGCUUUUCCAGUGCCACCAGCAGCCACGAGAAGCCAGGCGAGAACAAAUUGAGUCGUCCCACGCAGCAAUACUGGACCAGGAGCGCUAUGAGGAUUCCCACCUCGGGGGGUACCGGCGGAUCUACCCUGGGCCUGACACGGAGAAGUACACGCCUUUCUUCAAGCACAAUGGCUCCCUUUUCCAGGAGACUGCUGCUUCCAAGGCCAGAGAGGAGUGUGCCAGGCAGCAACUGGAAGAGAUCCGCCUUAAGCAGGAACAGCAGGAGACCUCAGGCAGUAAGAGGCGAAAGGAAAACAGGGACCAGAACCAGGGCGAAUCAGCAGGGGAGAAGAGCCGAUCCAGGGCCGGGCUCCGGGGACUUUCCACCCACUUGGCUUACAGGAACCGGACCCGGGAGAAAGAGCUACUACCAGUACACCUGGAUACCAGGCAUCCUCAGGAAAUUGUGGAAGAAGAGGAGCUGGAGCGAGUGAAGGCCCUGCUACAAAGGGAGAAUCUCAUCCGAAGCCUCGGUAUUGUAGAGCAGCUCACGCGCAUGCUGCACCCCAGCCACCAGGGCCAGAAAAAACUUCAUGAGUAUCGGCCCAAGAACUUCAACUGGAUAGGAGAUCCAGCAGCCAUCGGCCCCUGUUCAUUGUCAAUGAAGACAUCUGGAGGGCGCUCUUUUUCCAGCGCCAGAGUCAGGCUCACUAGCCAAGGCCCAGCCAGCAGAAGGCUAGAAGCCAUAAACAGAGCCCUGGCAGGAUCAGUGCCAUCCUCUUUAACCCCAAAGCAGGGCUAUCUUCUGCAACCAGAAAGAGUGGCAAGUGGCUCAUGGACUGAAUGCGCCUUGCCCCCCGCGGCAGACUCUGAACACAGAGCACCCAAGACCCGGGAUCUCACUCUCUGCCCUGCCUCUGCACCCCUGAUGCUAAGCACCACUGCCCUCCUUGACAUCAGCCACCAUAGGUAA